CUGUGGUACCUAUUCAUUUGGAAUACACUUUGCACUUAAUCUUGAUUCCUCAUCCCUCACAGUACACACACAAGUCGGGUUCAAGGUGAUGUGUGGCGGUGUACGGGGAAACGUGCAGGGAAGACGUCAGCAUGUCCUCACCCGGUUUUACUGACAUCUUCCACUGUGAAGACACUCCGCAAUCAAAGGGGCCGUUCUCAUACACUGAUGAUAGUUUGGACGGGAGUUCAACGGAGUUGAUUGAUGUAUUUGAGGAGGAAUUCUGUGAUGGGGAACUCUGGAUUCCUCCAAAUGAUGAUUUGACACAAAAAAUUGCUGCCCAGCUGGAGAACUACCUUUCUGAUGAAAAUCUAGCAGAUGAUGCUUUCCUGCUAAAACAUGUCCAAAGAAAUAAGAUGGGUUAUGUUAGUCUGAAGCUUCUGACAUCUUUCAAGAAGAUUAGAGAUCUCACACGUGACUGGCGCACCACAAUGGUGGCCGCAAGAUCGUCUCCACAGCUGGAAGUGAAUGAGAUGGAAACCAAGGUGCGACGAAGGACUCCAGUACCCGACUGGCUCUUGUGCAUUCCCACAAGCAAGCUACUUCUGGCCUGGAACUUCCUGGAGUGUAUUGGUCCGGUCAAAGACGAGGUAAACAGGUCACCAGGUGUGGAGCAGCUAGGCAUCAUGGAAGCCGCAAUGCGGGUGUUUUCUCCCUACGGCACUAUUUCAUCUCUUCGCAUUCUGCGCCCAGGAAAAGAGAUCCCAACAGAGUUAAAACGCUAUACUAAGAAACACCUUGAACUGGGGCGCAAAGUGUGUGCUGUGGUGGAAUAUGAGUAUCUGGAGGGUGCACGCAAGGCCUACGAAGCCCUGAAGGCGGAAGAGCAGCAGCAGGGAGGAAGGGGCAUUUGUGUGGUCCUUCUGGGUAGCCGUGGAACUCGUAAGCCAGGAUGGAGCCAAAGCCUAGUAGAGGAAGAGUCUGAAGAAGGUAUUGACAAUGAGAAUUUAAAAAAGCCAAACCGAAAAUCCAGGCGCUUUCUUUAUUCUCUGGAGGAUUCAGCUGUUUGCAGCUCUUCUGAGUCCGAUUUUGCCCCUGCCUCGCCCCGGCCUAACCGCAGGGUCUCCCGCCCUCAGGCCCUCUACGGCAGUCCCCUUGCCAUCCCACGGAUAUCGACUUUCCGCUCCGACCCUUACAGGAAUCCCCUUGGCAGUCCUGUAGGAAGCCCCCUCCUGCCUCGCAAGCUUUUUCCUUGCAGCCAUGUGACCUCUCCUCUGGCCACCCAUCCUUUCAGCAGCUCGCCCACUGUAGCUGGUACAUCCUCCUUCAGCAAGUGCAAGGGCUCGGGUGAGCUCUCCCCAGAUGACUUGGGCUUCACAAGCAGUCCUUGGGUCCAGAGACGUAAAAAUGCCGCCCAGGUCAUUCAGCCUGAGGUGGGCAGCUCUGUGUCACCCAGUCAGAUAAUGAGGUCUUUAAGUGUCCUGGUUGUGCGCCAGCCUGUAGGCCCUGAUGGCACCAAAGGGUUUCAUAACUGCAUUGGUAGAGGGAAAGUCCUGCUCCACUAAAGAUGCAUUAUAAAGUCUCUUUCUCCACUGAGUCUGUAUGAGGGCAGUGCAACAGAAGCACUUUUAAUGCAACAUAAUUACUGACAAGUUUCUGUCCUAUUAAUGAAAAUGAAAAAAAAAAAUGUAAUGUAAAAAAAAGUCUAAUUAAAUAUUGAAAUAAAGAUGAAUUUGUACUCUGA